AUGGAGUACGAGGAUUGUAAAUUACUUGUAAGAAUGGGUGUUCCUAGGGACCGGGUUCACAAAGCUGUAAUAGUAUCUGAGAAUUUAUAUCACUUUGACCUGUUUCCUAAGAUAGGUAAUAAGUAUCAUGAGUUUAAUGAGUUUUUAUGUUACAAAAUCGCAGAAGUUGAGGUUGAUGGUGAAAUGAUCCUUCUAGUUUACCAUGGAGUUUCUGGUACAGCAGCCUCUCCAAUAUUGAGGGAAUUACUUGAAAUGGGUGUCAAAAUCGUUAUCAGGUGUGGAAAAUGCGGUUCAUACAGGCCUUCACAUGAAAAGAGCGGUGACUUAUCUAUUACUUAUGCCACAAUUCGAGACGACAACAGCUCUCUAGCAGAAAUAGACAUUAAAUAUCCCGCAGUAGCUGAUUUUGAUGUUAUUGACUGCCUUGUAGAUACUGCUGAACAACUUGGUAUAAAAGCUUCACUUGGAAUGAAUUACAGUACGGAUUUAUUCUACAGAAGAGUUUGCAAAGACGAUCACAGGGAUAUAUACACCUUAUAUAAUAUAGCAGAUACUGAAGAGUGUGAAACUUCAACAAUAUUCGUAUUAUCUUCACUUUAUGGAGCUAAAGCCGGGGCCAUUAUGACAAUUGACGGGUCACCUCUCUUCUGGGGAAACGGUGGAUACACUAUUGGCGAAGAAGCAGUUGAGCUUGGAAUUGAAAAUAUGACCCUUGUAGCUUCAAAGGCAGCUUCAAAACUCUCUAAGAUAUACCUCAAUAAUGGGAUGUAG